UUGCUUCUUGUACACCUUGCUCUAUGUACCGACAUUUUUCAUUUGUCACUGCUUAUGUUGGCUGAUGAUACUCAACAAGUACAACAGGUGAUCAGAAGGUGGUGUUUUACUGGAUUAUUUAGGAUAUAGACUAUAGAAUAACAAAUGGCUGGUUUGUUCAUGAAAUUAUGCAAUUAUGGGCGAAGAUUGCUCGUUUCGAUGACGGGAUUUUUAGUUGUUAUGAUAGUUUUAGCUCAAUUUUGGGCAUUGCUCUCUGGUAGAUACAUAUCUACUUUGUCGCCUGGCGAAGAGGCUUUGCCUCUAGCAGUGAUAAGGAGUCCAUCUUCUUGGAUUUUGGUUAAGGAUGGUGAUUUUUAUAUGGUGGAGGGAGUAGGUGGUAAGAAUGCAAGUGAAUUGGAGGAGGAGCGCGUUGACAGUGGACUUAUAUUGGACCGUGAUAGAGCUAGUAGAAGUGAACAUGAUGAUGCUUCUGGUAGGGAUUUAAUAAUGAGGAAAACUAGUAGUGUGGAGAAUAAAGCAGAGAAAUUUGAUGCAUUGCAUAAGAAUUCUACUGGAGAUAGUGUUGAGGAUGCUGGAAGUAUGGAUGUUUUGACUAAUUAUUCGACUAUUUCUGGUCAAAUUUCUUUGGAGAAGAUGGAACCUUUGAGUACUGGAUCAAUUGUUUCAACAUCAAUGAGCAGCUCACAAAUUCACAAAAUCAAGCAGGUUGUGGGGUUGGAGGUUAACAGUAAGAAUGACACAUCUGUGAUUGAGAGAUUUGUAAGAAAGAUGAGAGGUGCUACGAUUACUUUAUCUGAGAUGAAAUCAAUGUUGCUUGAUGGACCUGCAUUAACAACCUUAGUGAGGCGAAGAGGAAGAGGAUCUACAACAUGUGAUCGCCAACUUCUUUCUGCAAGCCUACAGAUCAGGAAUGCUCCUGUUUUAAGGAAUAUAUCUGACUUGCAUGCUCCUCUUUACAGAAAUGUCUCUGUGUUCAAAAGGAGCUAUGACUUAAUGGAACGUCUACUCAAAGUUUACGUAUACAAAGAAGGGGAGAAGCCAAUAUUUCAUCACCCAAGACUACGGGGAUUAUAUGCAGCAGAAGGAUGGUUUAUGAAACUGAUAGAGGGAAGCAGACACUUCACUGUAAGGGAUCCUAAAAAGGCCCAUCUUUAUUACUUGCCUUUCAGUUCUGAAACACUACGCACAGUCCUGUACGAGAACAAGUCAAAUAGUGUCAAGAACUUGGAGCAUUAUCUCACAAAUUAUGUGGAACUGAUUAAAACGCGAUACCGCUUUUGGAACAGGACUGGGGGAGCAGAUCAUUUUUUUGUUGCUUGUCAUGACUGGGGCCCACGUAUAACAAGAAAUCAUAUGAGCGGUUGCAUUAGAGGAUUAUGUAACGCCAAUGUUGCAAGAGGCUUUAACGUAGGCAAGGAUGUCAGUGUACCUGUAACUUAUGUUCGCAGUGGAAAUGACCCCACAAGAGACAUAGGAGGUAAACCACCUUCAGAGAGAAAUAUAUUAGCCUUCUUUGCUGGACAAUUGCAUGGCUAUCUCCGUCCAUUAUUGUUGCAAUACUGGGAGGAUAAGGUACCAGAUAUGAAGAUCUUUGGUCCAAUGCAGCGGGAUAUCCAAGGCAAAGCAGUCUACAGGGAGUACAUGAAGAGCAGCAAGUACUGCAUCUGUGCCCGAGGUUAUGGGGUCCACACCCCUAGGGUUGUUGAAUCCAUAUUCUAUGAGUGUAUUCCUGUAAUUAUCUCUGAUAAUUAUGUGCCCCCUUUCUUUGAGGUGCUAGAUUGGGAGGCAUUUGCUGUGUUCGUUCAAGAGAAAGACAUCCCAAAUCUGAGGAACAUCCUUCUUUCCAUCCCUGAAGAACGGUACCUUGAUAUGCAGCAAAGGAUUAGAAAAGUGCAACGACAUUUCAUUUGGCAUAAAACACCAGAAAAGUAUGACUUGUUUCAUAUGACCCUUCACUCAUUCUGGUACAGCCGAGUUUCUCAGAUAAGGCCUGCUUAAAAUCUCUUGUUGCUAGUUGAA